UGUGGUCUUUUCAUGGCGGAAGAACGUAAGGUUGUUCAACGUUGGGAACGUCAGCAGCACAUACCGCCCUGUUGUUGGUUCCUGCCCUACUGCUUUGUGUGUGGGGUGGUAAGAGCGCUCGCUGGUGUGUGCUGUGAUGAUGAUGCUCAGUUUGUGGUGCUGAGUUUUCUUCCUGCUCGCCCGCUUUCGCUCCCAGUAAUACUCUGUCAUGGCGUCCUCCAAUAAUGUAACCCCCACUAACUGUAGUUGGUGGCCAAUUUCUGCCAGAGACGAAGACGGAAAAAUCGCAGACGAGGAGGGAACUCAAGAACCAGCAAUAGACUGCAAACCCAAUUCAAAAGACAGGCUCGUUUUGUAUCACUGGACGCAAUCUUUUAGCUCACAAAAGGUCCGCCUGGUUAUUAAUGAGAAGGGCUUGGUGUGCGAUGAGCGGGAUGUCAGCCUGCCUCUGACAGAGCACAAAGAGCCCUGGUUUAUGAGGCUCAAUCUGGGGGAGGAGGUACCAGUCUUCAUCCAUGGCGACACCAUUGUCAGUGACUACAACCAGAUUAUUGAUUACUUAGAGAAAAACUUUGUGGGAGAGAAUGUUGCUCAGCUGAUACCUGAAUCUGAGACUCCUCUUUAUGCCAGAGUGAAUCAGUACCGAGAGCUUCUAGAUGGUUUGCCAAUGGACGCCUAUACCCACGGCUGCAUCCUCCACCCAGAGCUAACUACCGACUCCAUGAUCCCAAAGUACGCCACCGCUGAAAUACGUAGACACUUGGCCAACGCUGCCUCAGAACUGAUGAAACUGGACCACGAGGAACCUCAGCUGACAGAGCCUUAUCUAUCAAAGCAGAAAAAACUAAUGGCCAAGAUUCUGGACCAUGACAAUGUGAACUACCUGAAGAAAAUCCUCAGUGAACUUGGGAUGGUGUUGGAUCAAGUGGAGGCUGAGCUGGAGAAGAGGAAGUUAGAAUAUGAAGGUCAGAAGUGUGAGCUGUGGCUGUGUGGACCUGAUUUCACCUUAGCCGAUAUCUCACUAGGGGCCACUUUACACCGCCUCAAAUUCCUGGGACUGUCAAAAAAAUACUGGGAGGAUGGAAGCCGGCCCAAUUUGCAAUCUUUCUUUGAGCGUGUGCUGAAGCGAUUCGCCUUUCGGAAGGUCCUGGGAGACAUCCACACCACGCUUCUCUCUGCAGUUUUACCAAACGCAUUUCGAAUGGUGAAGAGAAAGCCCCCUUCUUUCUUUGGCGCCUCGUUUCUAAUGGGUUCCCUCGGCGGGAUGGGAUAUUUUGCCUAUUGGUAUUUAAAAAAGAAAUACAUGUAGGGAACACUCUGUUCUUUUUGGUGUCUGUGUACUGUGUGGCAUUUUAGCCUAUUAACUGUAACGAUGUUUGACUAAAAAAUGAAAAUUAAAUAAUAUUAACACUUACCUGGGAACACAUACGUUCCAUGACGCUGAAAUAUCAACACCACAUUGUUAUCAGAAAAUAAUUGCUUAUGUUUAUGGUUGAUUUAUUUAUUGAUUGAUUUAUUUUUAUUUAGAUUUUGUCAU